GAGACGGCAAUCGAAACAGUGAAAACGUUGUUGGCAUUCGGUUACACAAUGGAGCCAGUCACUGGGGAUGCUGCAGAGACAGGUGACUGCUCAGCGACAGCGCAUGCUGCAUUUCAAGCACUUCAGGAGGGAUUGAAAAAACCCUUUCGAUUGGCAAUAAAAGCAUGCUGCUUGCCUUCUGAUUGCUGCAUGCUCUUUGCCCAUUCAUUCGUCCUUUGUUCUGCCACUUCUUUAGCCACCACAUAUCGGCUAUAA